UCCAGGACCAGAGUCGCUUCCGGCUCCAUGCACUACCCAAUUGGUUGGUUGUCGGCUAAGAGCCCGCCUCAUUGCAAGUAUCUAGUACAAUAGGAAUUAGAAGACGAAAGCUGCUGUCUGAUUGGUUGACGAUCCUGGCUCGAGUUGGAGGCGUUCGGACCCGGUUGCUGGGAUCUUAUGCUGAAACUUCUUUGUUGGAGAAAUGUCUUCAGAGUCAGAAAAGGAUAAGGAGAGACUGAUUCAAGCUGCCAAAAUGUUCUUCUUUCAUGUACAAGAUCUUGCUUCUGUCACAAACACACUGACUGAAUUGUUUAACCACAAUAUGAAUACUCAAAUCCUUUUGAUGGCUGUGAAAAACAAUAGUAGCCUUAAGGAUUUUUUUGAGCAAAUGCUCAAAAUUUUUAAGGAGAUGCAAUCUGUAAUGGAUGCAAAACAAGACAAAAUUCAAAAGGAGUCUUUAUGUUCCAAGGUUGCAAUGGCCAUGUGCUCUAUGGUUGAGAAGAGUACCAAUGUAGAGGAGUUGCAUCAGUCAGCUAAAGAAGUAUUCAAAAGUGCCUGUACACCAGUCAUCAUCUCUGUGCUAAAUAGCAGUAACAUCCUUGGGAGUUUGGAAUCUUCUCUUUCAUGCUUGAUGAAAUUUCCCAUCAUGAAUCUUCAAUUAAGUGACUUCUAUACAGAAGACACCAAAGAGCAAUCAGAUGUCAGCACAUCUGAGGGAAUCAGGAGUCCAGGUCCUUCCAAAACUCCUAUGAUAGACACCUUGAAAAAACUACAGGAUGUACUAAAAACUGAGGAUUCCAAAAAUCCUGUAGAGUCAGCAGCAGAUUUGUUGGAACAAAUUGUCAAGGCUAUGGGACCAAUCUUAGAGAUCCUCCAAAAAGCCAUAAAGACUGUGGAAAUGAACAUUUCUGGGUUUAAGAAAGCCAGUGACAGGUAGCAAUGCAACAGAGAUUUUCAUUUCUGUCAGAAAACUAAUUCAAAUACUAGCGUUUUUCAUAGUGGUUUCUAAGAUCUUUUGGUGCCAAACAUAUGGUAUGUUAGAAUAUAAGUAAAGAGAAGUCAUCUGGCAAAACAUUCACCUGUAGUUUUGCUUUAUCAAAAUAAAAAGAAAUCAUUAAGAAA